AGCUACACAAAAAUGGGUAUACCCCGGAAUAACUGGUUCGGUUUCGGCGUUUUGCGACGAAAACUAUUUGCAUCGUUUCAUCAUUAAAGCAACGUCGUUCUCUACACAAAUAACACCACUAGAACUGGAAGCUUCGACGAAGCGAAAACCGGAUCCAUCAGUGAAUGCAACAUGAAUGCCGGUUUGGAAUUUUUCUCCAGAGAAGAAUUUGCAGCCACCACAAUCCAAGCAUACUUCAAGGGUCAUCUUGCAAGACGAGCAUUUCGAGCACUGAAAAGCGUUAUAAAGCUACAAGCACUUGUUCGAGGGAUGUGUGUUCGAAGACAAGCACGUAUAGCCUUGCACUGCAUGCACGCACUCACUCGCCUGCAGAUCACCAUUCGAGCUCGCCAGCUUCUCUGCAACUAAUGAAU